UACAGGAUUUGCGUCUUUUUCUGCCUGCGUCCCGCACGUGGGGAUGUCGCGAUGGCGUGCGCGAGGAGAACCAAAACUUUGGUCUCCACGUGCGUGAUUUUAAGCGGCAUGACCAACGUUUUGUGUCUGCUGUACGUCGGGUGGAUCACCAAUUAUGUGUCUGAUAACGGGAACGUGAAAGUUGCGGAGAGGACGCGCGAGAAAAAGUUUGACGAGGAGAACAGAGGCGAAACGUUACGGAUUAUUGAGAGACUUGACAGGUUGGAGAGUGUUGUUAACCAGCACAUUCAAGAAAAACCUCUGAAGGACGGGGACGACACGGCUGACCUGUCUCUCUCAGACUCUCUUUUUGCCCACUGGGGUCGCGACCUCGGACCGGAGAGCCGUAAAGUAGCCCUGAAGAAGUUCCAGUACUACGGGUACAACGCUUACCUCAGCGACAGGCUGUCUCUGGACAGAGUGAUUCCUGACCUCAGGCCUGAUGGGUGCAGAAACAUCUCGUACCCCUCCAAUCUACCGCAAGUCAGCAUCAUCUUCAUCUUUGUGAACGAAGCGUUGUCCGUCAUUCUACGUUCCGUUCAUUCCGCCAUCCAUCGGACGCCUCCCCAUCUGCUGAAGGAGAUCAUCCUCGUCGAUGACAACAGCAACAACGCCGAGCUAAGAGAAAAUCUCCAGAGAUUCGUGGAGGAAACCAACCAGCAGCGGCCGGACUUCAUUAAAGUGGUCCGGCAUGACAAACAGGAGGGUUUGAUUCGCUCUCGUGUCAGCGGCUGGAGGGUGGCCACCGCCCCCAUCGUCGCCCUGUUUGAUGCCCAUGUGGAGUUCAGCGUAGGAUGGGCUGAACCAAUCCUUCACAGAAUUAAAGAAGACAGAACCAGAGUCAUCUCUCCUUCAUUCGACAACAUCAAAUAUGACACGUUUGAGAUUGAAGAGUAUCCUCUCUCUGCUCAAGGCUUUGACUGGGAACUCUGGUGUAGAUACCUGAACCCUCCCAAAUCCUGGUGGACACAGAAGAAUCAAACUGCACCGAUCAGAAGCCCUGCCCUGAUUGGAUGCUUUGUAGUGGAUAGGAAGUAUUUUGAGGAAAUUGGUCUCCUGGAUGAAGGAAUGGAAGUAUAUGGAGGGGAAAACGUGGAACUGGGAAUCAGGGUAUGGCUUUGUGGAGGAAGCGUGGAGGUGAUGCCCUGUUCCAGAAUAGCUCACAUCGAGCGCGCCCACAAGCCAUACACAGAGGAUCUGGCAACUCAUGUACGCAGGAACGCGCUAAGAGUGGCGGAGGUGUGGAUGGAUGACUUCAAGGACCAUGUUUACAUGGCCUGGAAUGUUCCAGUACAGGACUCCAGGAUCGAUAUCGGUGAUAUCACAGAGAGGAAGGCACUGAGAGAGAGACUCCAAUGUAAACCCUUUAGCUGGUUCCUGAGGAAUAUUUAUUCAGAAAUGAGAACCUACACAGAUACAGUCGCUUACGGUGUAUUGAGAAACAGCCUGAGGCCAGAUCUGUGUGUGGAUCAAGGUCCUGACUCUGACAACAUUCCCAUUAUGUACAUUUGCGGAUUGACGCCUCAGAAUGUGUACUACACAAAUUCCCAGCGGUUUCAUGUUGGGGGUUUGAGUCCAACCAUUGACGAUGAUGACAACAAGUGCCUGGUGGAUGUGAACGGCCGACCGCGACUGCUGGAAUGCAGCUACGCCAACAAUAAGCAUAUGAAGCUCUCCUGGAUCUUUACUCUGGAAGGCUCCAUUCAGAACACAAAGUCAAAGCGAUGUCUUGAACUGGUGGAGAGUGCAGAAGCGGAGCAGGGUCACCAGCUGACUCUUCAGAAGUGCAGCAGUCAGAAAUGGACAAUAACCAACCUAUUGCCUGGCAAAGUCCUGUAGGAGACUAAAGUUAUCACUGGAUAUUACAGUUUACACUGAGAAGACGUCCUAUUACUGUACGUGUUGUUUAAUAAGAUUUAGGACUGUUUUUUUACUCGGGUAUUAAACACUGUAUUCACCUUGAUGUCUGGUGGACCUCGAGGACUUUGAAACAAAUCUCCGGACUAUUUAUACAGUAUAUAAUUUUGACCAAACAAUUGGUUGAUACAGUAUAGAGAGAUAGUAGUGCUUGAAUGUAUAAUAAUGGAGAUUAUUUUAAGGUCGCAUUGGUGUCAGUAUAUUUAAGCUCUUUUCUAUUUUGCUACUGUGUAGCACAAAUUUAAAAUGGUUUUUAUUUAGCUUUCCCUUGUUUCUCAGGUUUGUGAAUGAGGGUUGUGAUUAUU